AGCGAUGGUCAGAGUGUUAUUAGGUUUGUUUGCGAAAAAAAGUAACGCUGCGCCUCGUCUAAUUGUAGUUGUAACUUUUUCAUAUCUCUGGAAAUUGCUUUUUCUGUUAUUAAGCUAACAAUUUAAGGGAAAUCAAAGCCGAAUCUCUUCCAUUAAUGCUAGAGCAAGGACAAUAAGCGGUAAUCGAUAUUUUUUGGCAGAGGCAUCAGCAAUGUUGACUUUAUAAACGUUUCUCUAUAUUGAUCAGAGACUACUCAAAACAAGUCACGUGGUACAUGCUCUUGCGUCGAGGACACUUUCGUAAACAAUUACGUGAAUUGCUCGAAAAGGAUGAGAGGCUAUGCUUUAUUUCACUCCGUCUAUGGAUGGGUAUCAGUUAAAGACAUCGCGGAAUCUCCAAAUCACACAUCAGUAGUUCUUUCUAUAAAAAGUUAUAUAUCCGGGGUAUUUGCCGUUAUGAACGCGGUUGUAAACGUAGGCUUACUUGCUGGAAUUCUUUUAAUUGGAACUUUUGGUAAUUUGCUGAUUAUUGUAACAAUAACACGCAACACGACAUUUCACAGGGCUCCAUUCUACUUCCUGCUCAAUCUUUCAAUUUCCGAUUUGUGUCGAAGUCUGUUUUGUAUACCAUUUGUGAUUGCUUCCAUUGUACAAGAUGUCGGAUGGAUUCACGGAGAGGUGUCAUGCAUAGCAAUUGCUUUUACUAACUUUUUCUUUGUGUUUAAUUCGUUUAUCAGUCUGAUGGUCAUUGCAAUUGACCGUUACAUAUCAGUCGCCUAUCCUUAUUGGCAUAGACGUUGGCUGCAAGGACCCACAAGUCUCACGCUGGUCGCCGUCGGCUGGAUGCUAUCGGCGUUGGUUUCGCUCCCACCCGUUUUCAGUGAUGGAUCAUACACUUUUGUGGAAGAGGAAGAUCAGUGUACUUUCAAAUACACCUCCUAUAAACAUAAUGACACGUUUGGAUUUCUUCUUGUUCUAACGGCCGUGCAAUUCGGCUCCGUUUUCAUUUACGCAAGAAUAUUCAUUUUCCUACGAGACCAUCGACGAAUGAAGCCUAUUGAAACACCAGCUGCCAUUAGUUCAAACUGGACUUUUACUGGUCUUGGGUUACGAAAUAUGUUCCCCAACGCCUGGAAUGGACUCCCACUUCGUCCGAUACCGACCAUUACCCAGGGACUAUCUAGUGGCCAGGGACACAUUGGUCCAGCGCGGGAGAGGAGAAAUGAGCACCUUACUCGUCUUUUCUUUGCUCUGACUUUGUGCAUAUAUUGUUUGUGGGCCUUCUAUUCCAUUCAGUACUUUCUGUUGAUUUUUACUGAUACAGUGAUUCCCAAAAGUGUUCGACGAAUUACCACCUUGGCUACAUUUUUACAAGUCUGUGUAUCUCCUAUUACUUUCACAUUUCAUUACAGGAAACUUUUGUUAAAUAACUUACAUUUCUAUUUGAGAAGGGAAUACAGUUAGGUUAAUUUCGUUUUUAACUUUUUAUCUUAUUUGCUUAAAUUGUAAAAAUUUUGGUCAAACUUCGUUCCACAUCUGUUGUUUGUCAAGUACCUUUUUUGAUAUUUUGAAACAUGUAACUACCUUAUAGUUAGUUUACUGUACAUUGUACAAAACAAAAUAAUUUUUAAAACAUCUUUGCCCUGUAUCAAAUCAGAAUCAGUGUCGAGAUGGCAAUAUGAUAUAUGAAGAUAACGAACAGAUAUCAAGCUCCAAUAUCCAUCGAAACAAUAAAAUUCAUAAGCAGAGCAAACACAGGCCUCUAAAUCAAAAGAGGUAGAAUAAGUUGCCAUGGAGGAGUAAGCAUCUCUUGACAACCGGUCAGACAAACUGUGUGAUACUUGUUAAAAUCAGGAAAAGGGGAAAAAAUCAGUGGACAGAUCAUUGUGAAAAUAAUUGCCCAAUCAUAAGACAAGUAUGAAUAACAUCAGUUAUAGCUUUUUAGCAGUCUAAAACGAGGUGGGUUAUUGACAAUUAAGUUGAUGCCACGAGAAUAUCAGCAUUCUCUUUAAAAGCAAUGAUUUCGUAAGUUCUAUGGUUGAUACAAUGACCUAAUCAGAAAUUCAAAUUUAUCAAACGCUGACUGACGUUUUUCAUUGUUAGGUCAUUAUUCACACAUUGAACUGUCGAUGAAUUAAAUUUUUUCUGUUAUUUUUCGAUCAUGACAAGGAGCACACGGCGGGUGUGACCGGUUGGCAGGGGAUGCUCACUUCUCCAUUGUACCUGAUUCCAUCUUUGAUUUUUUAGAGGCCCGUGUUUGCUCUACUUCAAAAUUUACAUUAUUUAAUUGACAUUUGAGCUUGAAUAAUGUUCGGCAUCUCCAUAUUUUUCAAUGACUGACUGUUUGAUUUAACUCCGUAUUGAACAUGAAGAGGACUACCGAAAUAUUGAUUGUAAACGAGACUUUGGUUAUCAAUAGCUUGUCUCUUUUUAGAAAUUAUUCGUAGGUAAAGCGUACUCUUGCAGAUUGAAUCUGCCUGGAUAAUCAAAAGAUUAAGGAGCAAUAUGAAAAACCAUAUAUCCUUCUGUAUUCAAUAAUCCAUGUGAAAAAAGAAUUAAUUUAGAUGGAUUUCAUGAUCAGUAUGUAUUGGUCCCUGCUGAUAAAGCAGAUAACAACAUUGCCUUCUUCUGUAAGGUUAUUUCAUUAUAUAUAUUGUAUUUUAGAACAACUUGGAUUUAAUUCCUCAAGUGGUAAUUCACCUUAUACUCAUCGAUCC